AUGACGUUCGUAACGCGUGUGUGGAUGAAACUUACGCAAAAUAAAGCCUUGGAAGAACAUAGCGGCAGAAUAGAGAAAAUGUUUUUUGAAUCUAUCUAUAGGGUCUUUUAUAUAACAGGUUUAUCUCAUUCCAAUACCAGUGUUGGAUACUUUAUAUACAGCAGCAUAAUAAAAACUUUAAAUUUACUACUGCUCUGUAGCGAAAUAGGUCAAUUCUUUCAUAUGACGUGGACUGUGGAUGCAAUAAUUGACAGCGCAAAUAUAAUAAUAAUACAAUUGGGUACUCUUUACAAGUACUGCAAUAUGAUAACUCACCGAAAGGUUUUUAAAGCCUUGGCGAUGGCGAUGGAAUCCCCUAAUUUUGACAUUUCAACUAAAGCAAGAAAAGAUCUUUUGGCCGUUUGGGUUAAGAGAAACAGGAUAAAUACGAUUUUUUUGCUGAUGCUUGGAGUUAUUACUCUAACUUCUUGGUAUAGUUUCCCAUUAAUGGAUGAUAUUGACUACAACUUGAUGUUGGCAGUGUAUGUUCCUUUCGAUUAUGAAAAUCCUACAAUGUAUCCUAUAGUUUACUUUAUACUUGUACUUGUGUUUAGUUAUGUUUCUUACGGGGUUAUGAUUAUCGAUAUCAUUAUGCAGACGUAUUUAAUGCAGUUGUUAUGUCAAUAUAUAGUACUUAAUGAUUGUUUAUGCAAUAUUGGAACGGAAUGCGCAGAAAAUUUUAAAGGUAACGAACAUUUUAAUAACAGAAUAAUCCAUUACUUAACAGAAUAUCCAUUAUAA